CAACAGCCUCACAAUCCUAGUUCUCUCAAAAUACAAUGUCUUGCACCAACAUUACACCUACUCGUCACAUCUAUAAGUGAAAGCAAGCCCACAAUGCCAGCUCUAUCUAUAUAUGAGCGAUAUACUCGCUCUUCUGUUGCUGGGUUAAGGUAACACAGUUUACUCAUGAUAAUUUCCAAAGAGAUCUAGUCCAAGAUAUGCUGUGCGAUGUUUGUCGCACGGGCCUGGAAGGUGUGUGGGAUCCGAAAAACACUAGGAGGAUUGGACUUCUCGAGGAUUUCCCCGAUUUGCUAGAAAAGUUGUUUCCAGAAGUCGAAGACGAAAAUUAUGAUGAAGUACUAGAUGAGCACGAGAGAGAACUACGAGAACCAGAACGUUACGUCUUCGGUCACCACACCGACUACAACUCCAUGCUACGGUCUAAACUGUUAGGAUGCGUCGUCUGCAGCGAGUUCAGCGAUUUAAACGACGAGGAUGAUUUGAACCCAUCAUUUGCAAACUUGGGUUAUUACUCAGCGUUCCAAAUACUCUUGCCUCGAGGUGAGGCCUCCCAAGCGACGAUGGCCGUGUACGUGGGUGAACCUCUUGAGCAAAUUCCCCAUGAUAUGGUUGCGCAUGAUGAAAACGACGAUGUCAACUCCGAGAUCUCACAUUCAACCUCGGAUUUGCAGACAUGGGCCCACAUUCAAACUUGGAUGGAUAGAUGCCUUGCGAACCACGAACUAUGUCUUCAUCAGGACUCUGAAAUCUUCUGGCCGACCCGACUUCUAGAAUUACGACAGACUGGUGACGAAAAGUUCUUCCGUCUUGUCUAUCGGGAAGAGCUUGAUUCUACAGAACGAUACGUCACUCUAAGUCACUGUUGGGGACCUGGCCCACCCGAGACGAAAUUGCGACUCUUGAAGUCAACGAUAGAUGGUCUACGGAAUGGUCUCUCUGUAGACAUUCUUCCUAAAACCUUUCAGAAUGCUUUCGAGGUCAUCGCUCGACUCAAAGUUCGAUAUAUAUGGAUUGAUAGGCUGUGCAUAGUCCAAGAUUCGGCGGAAGAUUGGAGAGCAGAAGCCUCCACUAUGCAAUCCGUCUAUAGACAUGGCUUGUUAAACAUUGCGGCGCUCAGCGCUCCAGAUGACCAAGCUGGAUGUUUCUUUGAUCGUGACCCGGCCUCUGUUGCCCCUACCAUUGUCGAUCUGGGUCCCCGGGACGGAAGUAUUGGUAUGUUCUAUCGUUUUGAGGCUGAGCGGGAGGCAUGGAUGAAAGACUUCGAAGGGCAGCCGUUACUUUCGCGUGCAUGGGUUCUUCAGGAGCGGAUCCUUUCGACUCGAAACUUGUAUUUUGGCAGUAAACAAGUCUUUUGGGAAUGCUUCGAAACUAAUUGUUGCGAGACUGUCCCAAAUACCAGUUUGGAUAAACCGUCAAAUUACCCGUCAUAUUCACGCCUUCACCGCACUGAAUCGAGUACAUACAAGUGGAAGCCUCUUAUACAUCCUAAAAAAGGGCGAUCUAUAGCACAGCCAACAGAUUGGGAUAGUGUGAUUCUUACUUACUCUCAAUGCAAUUUGACGUUCCCCUGCGACAAGCUCGUAGCCAUAUCCGGGUUGGCGAAACGUAUGGGGUACAUCAUGAGGACAGAGUACGGGGAUGGAUAUGACACCUAUUUGGCCGGCCUGUGGGAACACACAAUGCCAGAGAGCUUGUUGUGGGUGCCUAAAAUAAUAGGGAGCCGUAUAUCCUCAUACCGAGCUCCUUCAUGGUCAUGGGCUUCCCUUGAUGGGGAUAUUGAUUUCAGGAGCGUUCGCAGACAGUCCCGAUGGCGCGUGGAACUUCUCAGGGCCGAGAUGGUGCCCCACGGAAAUGAUGUGACUGGUGAAGUAGUCAGUGGCACUCUUACCUUGCGAGGGCAUAUUUGUAAAGCACGGCGGUCCAAGAGGGUUCGUGAAACUCGGAACGAGCGGCGCGAGAUCUAUUCUAUCGGCUCUUUUCACCACCCCGAAUCCGACGCACCCGUUGAUUUCCACCACCCCGAAAAUGAUAUGCCUGUUGAUUUAGAUCUUCGCACGCGUUAUCUCCAGUUCGACACCAUUGAUGACAGCUGCGAAACGGUAAUCCUGUUGUUUUUCACUUGUGAACCACACAAAGCCAAAGUAUUUUCCUACGUGCAGGUGCAAGGUUUGGCGUUAAUCCCGGACGACCAGUCCCAGUCUUACCGUCGAGUUGGGUCGGUAUGGUUGAAAGAACCCACCGACCUUGAGGGUGACUUUGAAAGAGAAUUAUUUAGUCGAUUUCCAACAAAGACUGUUAGUGUGGUUUAAGAGCCUCACGAGCCUCACUACAUGGGAUAGAACUGGUAUGCCGUUUCAAGUACGCUUUCAAAGAGUGUAUACUCACAUGGCGCGAUGCAUCAUGCAUUUCACAAGCCCUUGUAGUUGAGAAAGAGCAAGCAGUCUAUAAAGUCGCUUGUCAAGUACGCGGUUACGAUAAGAU